CGAGAAAUCAUUAAUCGAGAGAAACAAUUAAUUAAUUUUUGAAAUUUCGUCGUCCAUUUAAAAUCCGUGACUUUCAUUGUUUCAUUGAAUCUUCAAAAUAUGUUAAUAAAAAUUCUCGAAUUUUGUUUAAUGGAUCGGAAUACUUGUUUAAAUGAUACUUAAUUGUUCGCGAAUUAUAUUUAUUAUUUAGAUUGAAAUUGAACGUGGACACACAUGAGAAGUAUCAUAAAUUAAAUACGCAUGAAAUCCAAAUGAAUCGUGAGAAUGCACAAAGAAUGCACAAGUUAUAUUUUGUAAUUUUAAUACACUUGCAAUAUGACGAUUGUUAAUUUUGUCAAAAUUUAUUCAUGUAUUUCGCAAGAAGAACUAAAUUUAGAUGCUAAGAAAGAGAAAAACGCAAUUAUUUAUUAAUAAACGCAAUAAAUCACAAAUGGCAAUAAAAAUGGAAAACAUAUUUUUUAGGCCAAUUUCCAAUUUGUGUCAUUUAUAUACAGAUUUGGUAUAGGAAUGCAAGAAACAGACACUUCCAACGAUAUAUCAACUGAAUUACAUUUCUCACCCAAUGUACCUUACUCUAAACAGCAAAUUACAUCCUCCGACAGAUUAUUAUAUUUCACAUCGAGUGAAACCGAUCAUGAUGCAUCAACUUCUAAGUCUUAUUCAAUCUUUUCCAAUGAAAGUGACAGUAAUAGAGGUGACAUUAAUGAUAACGUCAAUUCGCAAGAGGAAGUAUGGAUGAAUUCAGUUGGGAAUCAACCUGAUAUAAAACCCUUUGUGGGUGUGCCUGGAUUGAAAUCAUUUAAAUGCGAUCCAAACAAAGAAGAGAAUUUUUACUUGCUGCUGGUUACAGAAGAUAUAUUUCAAGAAAUAGCAAACCAAACCAAUUUAUACGCAACACAAGUAUUGUCACAGAAACAAUCUGGUUAUUUGAAACAAUGGGUCCCCACUACUAAAAAUGAAAUAAAAAGACUUUUUGGUCUUCUCAUUCGGAUGGAUUUAGUAAAACUACCUGAGUUACAUUUAUACUGGUCCAAAGAUAAGAUAUACGCGCAAAAUUUCACACAAUCCAUAAUGUCUCGAAGUCGGUUUGAAUUGCUCUUACAGAUGUUGCAUUUUACAAAUAAUGAAAACGCAAAUUUAUUAAACGACCGACUUUACAAAAUCAGACCAAUUAUUGAUACGUUGAAUGAAAAUUUUACGAAAUACUAUGAUCCACCUGAAACUCUUUAUAUUGAUGAAUUUGUAAUACCACUCCAUGGUCAUAUCAAACAAUUGAAGAAAAAAUAUACACACCAGAGAAGAUACAAAUAUAGUAUCAAGAUAUUAAAAUUAUGUUUCAAACCAGGCUAUACUUAUAACUUUCAAGCAUAUUGCAACAAAAGAUCAGAUCCAGAAUCAACGAGUCCUACAAAUGCCGUUAUUUCGCUUUGUCAGAAUAUAUUUUACAAAGGACAUACCAUAUGUACUGAUCGUUGGUAUACAAGUAUAGACUUGGCUCAAGAAUUAAUUACUAAAAAUACACAUUUAGUAGGAAUGGUUCAACAAAAUUGCUGUGGAAUUUCUAAAGAAGUGGUUACAAAGAAAUUAAAACGAGGAGAAAUAUUUGCAAAAGAAAAUAGUAUUGGUUUAACACUAAUGAAAUGGAGAGAUAGACGAAAUGUUUUGUUAUUAUCUACCAAACAUUCUGUAGAAACAGUUACUAAUAGAAAAAGAAAAUCUAAUUGUAUUAGACCUAAAAUUCUUCUUGAUUAUAACAUAGGCAAGCCUCUUAUUGAUGUUUCUGACCAAAUGACGAUAUGUUGUAUUUCAUCACACAAAAAUGUAAAAUGGUAUAAAAAAUUAGCCUUUGAACUGUUGUUAAAUACAGCUGUUACAAAUGCUUGGGUAAUGCAUAAUAGCAUAAAAAAUAAUUCUAUUUCACUGUUAGAGUUCAAAAAAAGAUUAGUCAUGUAUUUAUCACAUUGCCAGGAUACAGUUUCUCAAAAUUUACCUCGUGAAAUUAUGAUGACCACUAAAAAACGCCAUGAAAUUAAAAAGAGAGAAGGUAAAUUGACAUCAGUAAGACAACGAUGCAUUUCUUGUUAUAGAGAAAAUGUAAAAAACUUCGGUAGUGAAUUAGCAAGAAAUAAAACAAAACGAGUAGCAACAUUUUGUGCCGACUGUCCUAAUGAACCUCAUUUCUGUUUGACAUGUUUUAACAAAGAACAUCGUGACAUACCACUUUAAGCAUAAACUACAUGUAUCAAAAUUUGCUCUAUAAUAUUCUACUAAUUAUAUAAAUUUUUCUAUUCCAAUGUAAAAUAAACAAUCUUUUAUAUAUAUAUCUUUUUUUUAUAUAUGUAUAUCUUAUGUAAAUAAGUAUAUUUCAAUAUAAAAUUACGUAAAAACUGUACGGUAUGAAACAUGUUAUUUAUUAAUUUCAUAUUUAUUUGAACUAUAAUUUUAGAAAUAAGAUUUAAUCUUUUGUCUCAAAUUUGAUUUUUAUUGUAUUUUGUUAUGUAAAAA